AUACAAAUUCGGAAAGCUGAGACAAUUUUGUAUAACGUGUCGGUCUUUAAAUACGUCAGAGUGUAUGACUUUAGCGUUACUCUCUUUCUCUCUCUAACUUUUGGACUAACAAGUUGCUGCUACAUCGAAGCGUGGCGUUUCAACCUCUUUCAGGCCACACCACCGGAGAGAGAGCUAUCGACGACGUCGUAACGGGAAUGUCUUACGACUAUCUGUUCAAGUACAUAAUCAUCGGAGACACAGGUGUGGGAAAAUCCUGUCUUUUGUUGCAAUUCACCGACAAGAGAUUUCAACCAGUUCAUGAUCUCACAAUUGGAGUAGAGUUUGGUGCUCGCAUGGUCACCAUCGAUGGCAGACCUAUUAAGCUCCAGAUUUGGGACACUGCGGGACAGGAGUCCUUCAGAUCAAUCACCAGAUCGUAUUACAGAGGAGCAGCAGGGGCACUUCUGGUUUAUGAUAUAACCAGGAGGGAGACUUUUAAUCAUCUAGCGAGCUGGCUUGAAGAUGCUCGGCAGCAUGCAAACCCCAACAUGACGAUCAUGCUUGUAGGUAACAAGUCUGAUCUUGCCCACCGGAGGGCUGUCAGCAAAGAGGAGGGCGAACAAUUUGCAAAGGAAAACGGGCUUCUAUUCUUGGAGGCUUCUGCUAGAACUGCCCAAAAUGUUGAGGAGGCCUUUACAAGGACUGCUGCAAAAAUACUUCAGAAGAUCCAAGAAGGGGUAUUUGAUGUAUCAAAUGAGUCCUCUGGCAUCAAAGUUGGAUAUGGCCGCCCCCAAGGUCCAUCAGGUGCAAGAGAUGGUACUGUUGCUCAGAGUGGUGGAUGUUGCAACUGAUAUUAUUAUAGACAGCACUAAAUUAUGUAUUACAUCUAUCUGUGAAUUCUCUCUCUUGAUUUGCCCAUCGCCAUCAAUGAAAUUAGUCUUUCAACUAUUAUAAAA